AUGCUGCCGCCGGCGGUGCCUGUUCUUCCGCCAGUGCUCGCCCGCCUUCUGAACGGCGGCACUGCCCCCGGUGCUGCGAUGUCUCCCUUCGCCCCGCUCUCCACUCUAACCGCGGGUGCGAUGUUUUCGGGCCAGAUCGCCCCCGUGCCGGGCUUCGUCUCGCCGCCGAUCGUGUCCACGGUGCCUGCGCCUACGUCGCUCGCUCCUCCGAUCACGGCGGCUCCCUCGCUGCCUUCGGCUCCCCUGCCUACACCGACCGCCCCUCCUCCGUCGACGGUCGCUGACGCCGCUCCGCCCGGGUUCUACUUCAACCCUAACCCGGAGCACUUCAACGCCCUUGCACUCUACCAGGGGCUUCUGCAGGCCGGCUCCUCAUCGAUGCCGUCGUCCUCGUUCGCGCCAUCGGUCCCCCAGGGUGGCCUCGCCUCUGAUCCCUAUGGGUAUGGUAGUGCAUAUGGCGGCGCGCACCAACUCGGGCUUCUCCAGGCUCCCGCCCCUACGUCUACUGCUGCCCCGCCUGGCCCGUCAUACGGUGCGGCUCCGCCGCCUGGCGUGCCCUCACCUGCUGCCUAUGCCAUGGCCGGCGCACCUGCGGGCGGCGUGGCGCCCUUCUACAUCGCCCACCUUAUCCCGGUGAAGCUGUCGCCGGAUAACUACCUGGCAUGGCGUGCCCAGGUGCUCCCUCUGCUUCGGAGCCGUCAUCUCGAGGGCUUCAUCGAUGGCUCGCUACCGUGCCCUCCGUCGUAUCAUCCGGCCUACCAUCAGUGGGUCGCGCAGGAUCAAGCCAUCCUCUCCGGGAUUCAGUCUUCCUUGACUGAUAGUGUCUCUGGACUGGUGCUCUUUGCCACUACGUCGCGUGAGGCGUGGGCUGCUCUUGACACUAGCUACUCGUGGCAGUCUAUUGCUCGGUCCAUGGCCAUCCGCACUCAGCUUGGUGAACUGAAGAAGAAUGACCUUACAGUUACCCUCUACUUCAACAAGAUCUCUGCGUUGGCUGACACUUUGGCGUCUAUUGGCCAGCCCCUGCGUCCCGAGGAGUUCAUAUCCUAUGUGGUUAAUGGCCUUGACGAUGACUAUGACUCUCUUGUUGAAAAUAUUACAGGUCGCACCAUCCCUAUUCAGCCGCGGGAACUCUAUGCACGCAUGCUGGCCACAGAACAGCGCAUAGCGAGUCGCCGCUCGAGCCCCUCCUAUGCUGCUGCCAACGCGGCGACUCGUGGAGGCAAGCCCUCCAAGUAG